AUGGACGCUGGCGACUUCGAUCAGACACCGGCACCAAGCUGCCGCCCCUCUCUCACCACUCUCGGGCCCGACCAAGACGACACGGCAACCGAAGGCACCGGUUUCUCCACCAGCAGGGCUGUUGCAUUCAGACACCAUUUGCCAAAGACCUCGACCGCCGGCCCUGCCCUUGUACACAGAGACUCGCCCGCACCGCCAGUCGUCAGCAGAUCUCCCCCACUCAAAACACCCUCUCAAUCAUCCAAGUCAGAGCUUGAGAAUCGAGACUCCUCCGCUGUCAGAAACGCAUCCGCUCUUGCCCGGCAAAUCUCCCCUGUCCAUCUUUCAGAAGAAAUGGCCUACUCGUCCUCAAUAGGGCUCGUCGACCGAGAGUGUGCCAACACCCCUCUGCACAGAGGCGAUACACAUGCUCAAGUACACCACCCUGGACUGCUGGAUGGCGCCGGUUCCUGCGACAACGGGGCCCGAUCACCGGGAUCUCAGAGCUUUGUCUCGUCAACGCAACCAUCGUCCCCAGUAUCCAAUGAAUCCAUGAUGAGCGGUGAGAUGCAUCGCGUGCUGUCCAGUGGGGAUCUAUCAGUCACCGAAGUGACAGUGCCAGUUCAUCGGCACAAGGGUCACAGCCUAGCCGUCAAGGUUCGCCCUGCUUUCUCAUACUAUCCUACAUACCACCCUGUGCUCUUGGGAAACCAGCGUGGCUUAGACUAUAGUCGCUCUGCCAACAAGGCCCAGCCAUUUGACCCUCUGGCCGACAACGCUGAGACUGUGCCGAGUGACAUUGACGGCAUAAAUGCUGUUAUCUCGAGAAGUGAAUUGCGUCAUGGUGAGGUUGAAAGGGGAGAUGGUCAGGGGCUGCCGUUUCCAACUCCAAAGCUCCAUGCUUUCGAGCCUGAAAUUCCUCCUCAAGAGGAUGGCCAUCAUCGUCACGGUCCCAUACCAAAGGUCGGGCCAUAUUCCGGAACGGUAGAUGAUGGAGCCAUGGCCUACCAUUUUGUUGAGACAAAUCAAUUCUCUCCCAUAAACGGUGAAUCUGGGCGACGUGGAUUCACAGAAGAUGGCUCGUUUCACAAUAACGCCAAACCAGAGAGGAUCCUGCCGAAAAGAACUGUGGGAGAGUUUGAAACAAUGCCGUCGUAUAGCGUUACAGGGCCACAAUUUCAGGACGAGGCUGAACAGCAAGUCAUCCGAGGCGAAAUCCCAGACGAGAACAAGCAAGUUGCUGAUCCUCAGCAUCGUCUCAUCCACUCUCCUAUCCCCAUUUCCAAGAUUCGUCCCAUCUUCACAAAUGAGCCCUCAUCAAGCGGACACGAAAGCCAUUCUUCGACAUUCAAGGAAGGGAAUUUACAGAGACAGGCAUCCGAAAACUCAUCCGCGCGAACGCACUCUCUUAGCUCGACGUUGGAUUAUAAGCGUACUGCCCAGUGGCUACGCGAGAUUCUCAAGUAUCCAGAGACUUAUACCUCCAAGUUUACAGAGUUACCCCCAAGGAGCAAGAUCAGAAGGCCUUCUUCGGCAUCGCAACGGCGGCAGUCAGAGGCAGCGUUAUCAAGCGUCCUCCCAUCCCGGCGUAUGACGGGCUUAUCGUCGCAAUCUGGGAGAUCUGAGCCCAAGAUCGAUCCUUUAUUAUUCCAGCGUGCCGUCAAUGAUCUUGAAAAACUCAUGAACGAGGCUAUUGCGCUGGCCUCUGAGGUGGUACAGCGCCCCGACACUCCCUCAUGUCCCAAAAUUCACCAGCCGUGCGUCACUUUGCACGCUCGCUGCCACAGUGUCCCUGGUGGUCAAGACGGGGCCUCUCAGGAUGAUGACACAUCAGGCCGCCGCACCCACGAGAGUUCGGGUAAAGUCAAUGGCGUUGACAUCCAAAACGAGGGCCAACAGGAGAGGCCGCCAUACCAACAUGCGGAUACAUAUACCGGUGCCCCUGAGCGCCCACGACUGAAUGAAAUCCUUCAGAGUUACUCCAGUGAGCGUAAUGAUGUGACUGCUAGAGAAUUUCCUAUUCAGAAUGAAACGCCUCCCCAGACUGCGGCUGAAGCAUCCUUCAGUGUUCCGGGCAGAAGAGCCAGCAUCAAUGGGGCAAGCUAUACCACGCCGGGCUCUCGCAAAGUCUCAAAUAGGACGCCCAAGUUGAAUCGCAAGAAACCAUACAACGACUUAUCAAGAGGAACAAAAGAUGUUCCCGCCUUGCAAAGCAAACCACGUCAAAGCAAAUCAGCACCAAGGGGCUCCCACGCAAGGCAUGCUUCACACGAGUCUGGCGAGGAUACUCCCAAUCGCGAAGUUGCUGGACGUCGAACACACACCGACCGCGGCAUCAGUCUCCGUCGUCGAUCUCAUGUAAGUCUACGGGGCGCACAAGGGUUCAGCUUGGCCAAGUCACGCAAACGACAACCAACUGCCAGAGACUGGUCACCAGUCCGCAAGCGAUUCGUCGCAACGGUGGCUUGUAUCAGCACUGCCUUGAUCGGUAUGAUUUUGGGCAUUUAUGCAGGUUUGGUUCCUUCCAUCCAGUACUACAUCAUCGACCAAUCUCAUGCUACGGUUCAUGGCAACACCGGUUGCUUCCUGGGUUUGGCGAUUCCAACUUUCUUCCUGUGGCCACUUCCCUUGCUGCACGGGCGGAAGCCAUACAUCAUGACAAGCCUUGUCCUUGCCAUGCCUCUUCUGUUCCCUCAGGCCCUCGCAGUCAAUACCCAGAGACUUGCCAACACAGGGACAUGGAGAGCCAUGCUCCUCGCAUCGCGAACGCUUAUGGGAGGCUCACUUGGUUUUGCCAGCAUGAAUUUCCACUCUAUACUGAUGGAUUUAUUCGGCGCUUCGCUCAUGAGCACAAACCCUCAUGGAGAAGUUGUUGAUCACUAUGACGCAAGGCGGCAUGGUGGUGGCAUGGGAGUUUGGUUGGGCAUUUGGACAUGGUGUUGGAUUGGGUCUCUCGGUAUCGGUUUCCUUGUCGGUGCCUGUGUCAUUGACAAGUACCCACCAACAUGGGGAUUUUACAUCAGCAUCAUCAUGAUCGCUGUUGUACUGAUUCUCAAUGUCCUCUGUCCCGAGGUCCGCCGAUCUGCCUUCAGACGAUCGGUAGCGGAAGUGAGAACUGGUGGUGAUAUCUCACGCCGCGUAGCCCGAGGCGAGGUUAUGAUGCACAGGGUCAAGACUGGCCCCAAGUGGUGGGGGCAGGAGGUCUAUCACGGCAUUCUCCUGACAUUAGAAAUGCUUCGCCAGCCUGGUUUCCUGAUCCUCGCCGUCUACGCGGCAUGGAUCUACGCACAAGUAGUUUUGACCAUUGUACUACUAGGAUCGCUGGCAUCCAAAUUUUACAAACUUCGAUCUCCCAACGUGGGUUUGCUCGUUGGAAGCGUCGCUCUUGGAGCCAUCAUGGCUAUUCCUUUUCAAAAGGCCAGCUUCUUUUCAAGAUCCCGUCAAGCACAGCUCAACACAAACAAGGCAACGAUGGAAAGAAAGAUUGCGUGGUCAUCUCAUCUUGUUCGGCGUACCAUCUUCACUAUUACACUGCCGUUGGCAGGAGUCUGCUAUGCCUCGGUAUCAUCCGGACCACCAAUGCAUAUUGGUGUGCCAACAAUUUUUGCAUUUUGCAUAGGACUCUUGUCAUGCCUCGCUAUUGCAGAAUGCAAUGGCCUGGUGAUGGAGUGUUUUGAUACUUCUGAUCUUUCACCCGGAAUGACAGGGCGUCAACGCAGCAAGUCGGGCAAGUCCGAGAAACGAACAAACUACUCUUCUUUCCCGAGAGUAACUGCUGGCUUUGCAGCUAUUCAUACUCUGGCAUUCGUCUUCGCUGCGGGUGCCAGUGCCCUUGGCGGUCUGGUCACCAGAACACUGGGUCAGCAAGUAGCUACCGGAGUCGUGGCAGGUAUCCUGUUCAUACUCACCGUCAUGCUGCUGUUAAUCUUGGCUCGGUUUACAAACGUCCAAAUCAUACCAAAUUCCAAGAUGGCGGAAAUGGAUCGGCUGAUCGAAGCCCGUCGGAGAUCAACCAUACGGCGUGCCUCUAUGCCUGAUGAUCACCAGGCGGUGGUAGAGGAGGAAAAGGCAUGGCGACCUGCUAUGCUUGGAAACCCCAUUGGCAAACAAAGAAGAAUGAAUGUCUUUGAACUUGGAAGCAAAUCGCGGUGGCAAGAGAUCCGCAAGAAGAAUAAGCUGGUCGACGAAAAUGCCCAUCUGAAUCAAGCAGCGUGGAAUCAGGGGCUGGAGGCUCUGGAUGACAAACUCAGCGAUAUCCAGAGUGACGUGGAAGAUUUUUUCGGGCUGGGGAGCGUAAAGAAGAGAAACUCGAGGCGUAUGCGCCCUUCGGAUGAGACCAGCGAAUCGGCACAGGACAUUGAGAUGACCAACUUGGGAAAUCAGGCAUCUGGGUCAAGGCCAUCCCUGAGGCGCUUCGUCGAGAGAGAAUGCGUCAUGAGUCAGACUGUGGCAGAGGAGAAUGAGGGCUUGGAUGACCAUAGAAGGAACCGUUGA